AUGGGCAGCCAGGGAAAACGACCCGAUAGCACAUGUCGCACCUGUAAGGGAUGUCGUCUGAAAAAGGUGCGAUGUGAUGGCAUCCGUCCUCGCUGCAGAUCAUGUCGCGUGCGAGACCAGCCGUGCGAGUAUCCGCCGGACGCCCGUCGAUCUGCGACUCGGGGAAAGAAAGAAGAUAUCAGACAACAGCAGGCACAGCUGGAAGAAGUCCGCAACAGCAUUACCUGGCGAGAAAGCCACCUCCCUUCUCCGGGGGUCUCGGUGGAAGUCUCCAGGGAUGUUAGCGGUGGGCCCAGCCGGGUCUGUGGCAGUAGUGGCUUGAAUGAACGGCCUGUCCAGGCCUCUUUGCCUGAGUCGCACUGCUCACCUCUCUUUCUAGAUCCUAGGGAUGAGACCACCGAUUCUCAGCGUCUAGUGACGAGGGGAAAUUCAGAUACACCAGCAGAAGCGUCUCAGUCCAACGAACCAGUUCGAGUCCUAUCUCCGGAAUCCGCGGCGGAUAACAAUGAGGAACAAGUCUAUGGUGCCACCAGUCUCCUCCGCAUACAGUCCCUACAAGGAAUUUUGAGAUCUCCUCCUGCAUGCUCUGGAAGCGCCGUACCGUCCUGUGACAAAAUAGCACAGCAAGAACUCAUCUCUGCCGCAGCAAUCGGCAGACAGGCCGAGCUGACCAUCUUCUCCAUGCCGACGGUCGGCCAAAACAUUGACUUCGACGGCAUACCCAAAGACCUGGGGAUGCACCUACUUGGUCUACACUGGAACCGACAGCACCUAUCAUACCUUCUUUCAUACCGCCCUGCCAUCAUGGAUAGCUUGAUUAACAAUGGUCCAUACGUCAAUAAACUUCUUCUCAACGCUAUCUUCUAUUCCAGCUGUCUUUACAGUGACCAGUGCUGCUCGUAUCUGAGAGACCCGAAUCCACAAGAAAGUGCAGCGAGAUUCUACAAUCGCUUCAAAAUCCUCCUUCCCAAUUAUCUCGAAAGGCCCACAAUGCCCACAAUCGUGGCACUUUUGUUGUGCGGCUCUACCCUGGUGCCCCAGGGUAAACAAAGUGUCGGAUGGACAUUUUGCGGAAUGGCAUAUAGAAUGUUGAUCGAUCUUGGAUAUCAUCUUGAUAUCCCGGCUACCACGCAGAUGGAUUUGCCUACGACACUCUCUACUACGGAGCUCGAAAUUCGCAGAAGAGUAUUCUGGGGGGCUUAUGUGUGCGAUAAAUUCCAGUCCAUCUUCCUUGGACGAUCCCCCGCCCUCUCCGCCUCGGUAGGGACCAUUUCCAGGGAAUACCUCGACACCUACGAAGAGUUGGAGGAGUGGAGGCCUUAUACAGAAGAACUGAGCAAUUUAGAUUCCAAUGCCGCUGCCUAUAGGGGGCGGCCUUCAUAUGCGCUUAGCACGUUCAGAAACCUGAUCCCUCUGUGCACUAUCGCCUCGCGGAUUAUCGAGGAGUUCUAUUCCCCUCGUGUAAACUGCUCCCCUGAGUCAAGUUUGCUCCAGGCCAGACUGGAGAUCAGAGGCUUGCUAGAUGAUUGGAGAUCUUCCCUCCCACCACAUUUGCGUUUCGAUCCGAACGCCGAUAUGACCCCCCCGCCACACCAGAUCACACCACACACAACCUAUUGGACUUUGGUAAUUCUCCUCGAACAACCAUUCGUCCAGCACGAUGACUCUCCUGUAGAAUCCGAAUCGCAGAAGGAGGGAGUUGAAAAAUGCAUCGAAGCAGCAAUUCAAAUUUGGAGACUGGUUGAAGCAUAUAGGGAAGCCUUUACACUUCGAAGGGCCCAAUAUAGCAUAUCAUACGCUACAUACUGCGCUGCCCUAGUUAUGCUGAAACAAUGCCCUCGGGAUCGCGUCGGAUAUAUCCAAUGCGUUCACUUUUUCUGGGAUGCACUUCUCGAGUUCCAGAGAGGCUGUAGUGCGGGCCUGAAAAAGCCUCUGAAGUUAUUGAAAUCCCUGAUGACCUGCUUCGGGAAUGUGGUGCGCGAUAACGACACCAAUCGCCCCGAUGGUAGACAGGCGCCCGACCUUGAUAUCCAAGACAACGAGUGUAUUACUGCUUUUGACCCCGGUAGUUGGGGUGACCUGGGAUUGGACGCCCUGUCAGAUGAAUUUUCAUUCGCAAACAAUAUGACAUUCGACUUCUUCAUAUAA